AGCGAUAAGUGGAACUCUAGGGUUUGGCCAUGGCAGGCGCCCAAGGCGUGGCGCCUCGGCCUCCAGAUGCGCUGCAGCGCCUUCUAUCCGAGCUACGUUUCAAGACAGCGUCGAUCAAGGAUGGAGCUGCCGCUGCAGCCCUGCGCAAGCACGUUCAGGAGGAGGCGCGCGACCUCUCUGCCGAGGGCCUGACGAAAUUCCUAGAUAUUCUGUACGAUCGCAUCAACUGCUUGAUCGAGAGCGCCGAUGUAAGUGACAAUCUGGGCGCAUUGCGAGCAAUCGACGUGCUCAUCGAUGUGGAGCUCGGGGAGAGCGCAACCAAGACGAUGAAGUUUGCGAAUUGCGUUAAGCGAGUGCUCGAAGAGAAGCAAGAUCCCGACGUUCUCGUGCGUGCUAGUGAAGUUCUUGGACAUAUUGUGAGCACGGGUCCUCAAACAGCUGACAUUGUUGAGUCUCAGGUGUCAUGCGCAUUGAAAUGGCUGAGAGGAGAAUCUCGACGCUUUGCGGCAGUUCUAAUUCUAAAGGAGAUGGCAGAUCAAGCGCCGACUGUGUUUAAUGUUCAUGUUCCUGAAUUUGUCGACGCUAUUUGGAUUGCCUUGCGUGAUCCUAGGCAAGCUAUUCGUGAACAUGCUGUAGAAGCUCUUCGGGCAUGUCUGACGGUGAUAGUAACACGGGAAACAAGAUGGAGAGUGCGAUGGUACUAUCGAAUGUUUGAGGCUACGCAAGAUGGCCUAGGGAAAAAUGCUACUGUCGAAAGUAUCCACGGGUCGCUGCUUGCUGUUGGAGAGCUUUUAAGGAACACGGGAGAAUUCAUGAUGUCUCGCUACAAGGAGGUGUUAGACAUUGCGUUCAAGUUUCGAGAUCACAGGGACCGUUUAGUGCGCAGGAGCAUCACAUCAUUGCUGCCACGCAUUGCGCAUUUUCUACGGGAUAGAUUUGUGACUUCCUACUUCACUACGUCCAUGGAUCAUCUUUUAGCUGUUAUGCGCAAUCCAAGCGAACGUUCUACUGGGUUUGCUGCACUCGGAGAGAUGGCAGGUGCUGUUGGAUGCGCUCUUGGCGAAUAUCUGCCGGCGAUUAUGAAUUUUAUACGUGAUGCACUACAACCACGUCGCGGAAAACCAUCCAUGGAAGCUAUUGCAUGCGUUGGGAACCUGACUGAAGCCCUUGGCCCGCUUAUGGAAGAGCACGUUCGCAGUACGCUGGAUAUUAUGUUCGAUACCGGCCUUACUCCAACGCUGGAGAAGGCCUUAAAUCAGAUAGUGACAAGCUUGCCGUCCUUUUUACCUCCAAUUCAGGAGCGCUUACUGGAUUUCAUUUCCUUGGUUUUGUGCAAAGCGCCAUAUUUUUCGCAAAGAAAAAGUCUUCUUGUUCGACUGCCACAGAAGGCGGUGGGGCUUCCUUCUUCAGAAAUUCAAGGGCCCGCACUGGUGCAGCUCGCGCUUAAAAUUUUGACCAAUUUUAAUUUCAAGGGGCAUGAUUUACUUGAGUUCGCGCGAGAAGCAGUUGUUAUGCACCUCGAAGAUGAUGAUGCUGGUGUCCGACGUCACGCUGCUAGAUGCUGCUGUCGGCUUGUUGAGCAUUCGUAUCAAACUGCUAUAACUGGCAGAUCAGCUUCCAGACUCACUUCUGGUCGUCCUUUAACUUUUCGAAAGCAUCGGAUUCUCAUCGAAGAGAUUCUGGAAAAACUUCUAGUUGCUGCUGUUUCUGAUACGGAUGCUUCCGUCAGAGAAGAUGUUUUUGUUUCGCUUGGAACGAACGGGAGCUUCUACGAUUUUCUUGCUCAGGCUGACUGUUUGAAAGCAAUUUUUAUUGCGUUCAACGACCAGUCGUUUGAAGUCAGAAAACUAUCCAUUGUAAUGGCGGGGAAGCUGUCAGACAAAAAUGCUGCAUAUGUAUGUCCGGCUUUGAGACGUCACCUGCAACAGCUCUUGACAGACAUGGAGCACAGCGCGGAUAGCAAAAGCAAGGAGGAAAGUGCUAUUCUGUUGGGAUCGCUGAUAAGAGCAUGCGAAACUCUAAUAACUCCUUACGUUAUUCCGAUCCAUAAGGCUUUGGUGGCGAGACUAAGUGAAGGAAGUGGAGGUAGUGGGAAUAUUGGCGUAGUAUCCGGGGUAAUGGCAACCGUGGGGGAGCUUGCUCGAGUGGCUGGGUGCGCAAUAAGACCGCAUAUCAAGGACCUGAUGCCGUUAAUUGUGGAUGCUCUUCGUGACACUUCUGCUGCUAGUAAGCGGGAUGUUGCUGUGAGAACACUGGGUCAACUGGUCCAGAACACUGGGUACGUCGUGACACCGUAUACAGAGUUUCCACACUUGCUGGGUUUACUACUUCGAAUAUUGCUGAAUGGGGAACUCGAAUGGUCUACAAGGAAUGAAGUUUUAAAGGUACUUGGAGUCAUUGGUGCGCUAGAUCCGCACGUCAACAAACGCAACGAACUUCGGCUACAUCCAAGCGACGGCAAUCGCUCUUCUUUGUCAGAAACUGUACACGGGCAGACAAAUGACGAGUCUCUUAUGGAAGCGUGGCCUACUGGUGGAAUAUCGGCAGCUACAGAAGAUUAUUACUCAACAGUUGCAAUCAAUGCUCUCAUGCGGACUUUGCGAGAUCCCUCAUCAUCGAUAUACCAUCAAAGCGUUGUUAAAUCUCUUAUGUACAUCUGCAAGGUCAUGGGUCUUGGUUGCGUACCUUAUCUACCGCAGGUCAUGCCGGACCUUUUGUUGACCAUUAGAAACUGUGAAGAUAAUCUACGAGAAUUUAUCUUUUGUCAGCUUGCAGACCUUGUUGCAAUUGUCCGUCAGCACAUUCGGAAGUAUCUUUCAAGCAUUCUUUCUCUUGUUCUAGACAUGAUCCUUCCGACAAGCCCUCGUUCCGCUUCUCACUCACCAAUUUUGCAUCUUGUAGAAAGACUCUGUGUCGCUCUUCACGAUGAGUUUCGGAUGCACAUGCCAGAGAUUCUACCUAAAUGUAUUCAAGCUUUGAAUGAGGCUGAACGCAACGCUGACUAUGCCUACGUCGCGUCUCUUUUGCACACUUUUGAAGUAUUUGGCGCUUCUCUGGAUGAGCACAUGCACCUAGUACUACCUGCCUUAGUCCGCCUUUUUAAGCCGGAUGUUUCAAAUGCGCCGAUGGAUAUAAGACGAUCUACUAUCAAAACCUUUUCACGUCUUCUUCCUUGCAUGCAGGUCACUGCACAUGUGUCUUCUUUGCUACACCCGUUGUUGAGCGUUCUAGAUGGCACGAAGGAUGAGUUGCGUAACGAUGCUGUGGAUGCUAUAUGUGUUUUGGCUACUGUCCUUGGAGCAGAAUUCACCAUGUUUCUUCCUUCAGUGCGCAAGCUACUUCAACGUCACCACUUGCAGCAUCCGCAGUUUGAUUCCAUUGAAUCUCGUCUUAAACGGCGAGACCCGAUCUUGGUGGAUGUACGGCCUACAGCAGUUUCCGAAGCGGAUAUAGCUGCUUCAUCUCAUGGAGCUGAAUUGGAUGGCGAAAAUGCCUUAAGUACACGGGGCACGCAGGUUAACGAGGUACACUUAAGAUCUGCAUGGGAAUCCUCUCAAAGAAGCACAAAGGAAGACUGGUCAGAGUGGAUGCGACACUUCAGCUUAGAGCUGCUGAAAGAGUCUCCUUCUCCCGCUUUAAGAACCUGUGCUCCUUUAGCACAACGCCAGCCUCACGUGGCACGGGAGUUGUUUGCAGUUGCCUUUGUAAGUUGCUGGUCCCAACUUAAUGAUUCGUACAAAAAACAGCUAGUACGAAGUUUGAAUUACGCUUUGACGUCUCCCAACAUUCCAUCAGAUAUUCUUGGAACUCUUCUGAAUCUGGCGGAGUUUAUGGAACGGGAUGAGGACCCUCUGCCUGUGGAUACGAGAACGCUUGGCAGCUUAGCUGAAAAGUGUCAUUUGUUUGCAAAAGCUUUACAUUACAAAGAGAUGGAGUUUGAUAUGGUCCUUGCUCGUGAACAAAAGCACCAGCUUGUUGGAGCCGUUGAAGCUUUGAUUCAUGUCAACAACCAACUCCACCAACAUGAGGCGGCUGUUGGAAUUUUGACAUAUGCACAACGUAACCUCGGAGUUCAACUAAAGGAAUCUUGGUAUGAGAAGCUUCAACGCUGGGAAGCCGCUCUCGAUGCUUACACGGCAAAAGCCUCUCAAGCUACCAGCCCCCACGCGUCGUUGGAGCCCACUUUAGGUCGAAUGAGGUGCUUGGUGGCAUUGGCACGAUGGGAAGAGUUGAGUACACUUUGCAGGGAGACUUGGAGUGAACCUUCUGCACAGCUUCAGAUGGCACCAAUGGCUGCGAGUGCUGCAUGGAAUAUGGGUGAAUGGGAUGAAAUGGAAGAGUACGUGUCUCAGAUGGAUAAUGGAGAUGAAAUGAACGUACCUACGCGAGGCCAGGACGGCACUGGAACCGGAUUUGCAGGGGCAUUUUUCCGGGCGGUUUUAUGCAUUCGGCGUUCUAAGUACGAUGAAGCGGGCAUAUAUGCCGAACGGGCACGAAAAUGCUUAGCGACAGAGCUUGCGGCAUUGGUUCUUGAGAGUUACGACCGUGCAUACAGCAACAUGGUGCGCGUUCAACAGUUAGCAGAACUGGAAGAGGUUAUCGAAUAUUGCACACUGCAAACGGGGAACCCUGCAUCUGAGGCACGUGCUUCAUUGAUCAGGAGAAUGUGGCGGGAUCGUAUUCGGGGAGCGAAAAGAAACGUUGAGGUCUGGCAAAGGUUGUUAUCUGUUCGAACGCUUGUGCUUCCUCCUACCGAAGAUGCCGAAACAUGGCUGAAGUUCGCUUCUCUUUGCUAUAAAAGUGGCCGAGUAAGUCAGUCACACGCAACAUUGAUAAAACUUCUUCAGUACGAUCCAGAACAAAGUGAUCCUCCGCCUGGCUACGUCGUUAAUCCUCCAGUGAUGCUGGCAUAUUUAAAAUACCUUUGGUCUUUCGGCGAGGAAUCGAAAAGGCAAACCGCCUAUAGACGGCUUCAGUAUCUUGCACUAGAUUUGGCGAAUGGCCAAGCAUCCAUGUACUGUACACCUCAGGGUGCUUCUGGCAGUUCUGGAGUGUCGCCGGUUCCUCUCAUUGCACCUUCUGCCUAUAAAUCUGCAAUCGAUUAUGCGAGAGCGUGGGGGAAGGCUUGGCAUAGGUGGGCAUUGUUCAACACGGCGGCCUUGUCACAUUACUCUAUGAAAGGAGAUUCGGUAAAGGCUGCUCAUCACGUGGUAUCAGCUGUUUCUGGAUACUUCAAAUCCAUUGCAAAUGCGUCCACGAACAAGGGCGGGGAUGAUAGUUUACAGGAUAUUCUACGGCUUUUGACGCUCUGGUUUAACCAUGGUGCUUCCGAUGAAGUUUAUGCUGCGUUGCAAGACGGUUUUAAGCACGUGAUAAUCGACACAUGGCUGGUGGUCCUGCCGCAGAUUAUUGCUCGGAUACACUCGCACAUUCCCGCUGUCCGAGAGCUUAUCCAACAACUCCUUGUACGCAUUGGACAGAUUCAUCCUCAGGCUCUUAUGUACCCGCUUUUAGUUGCAUGUAAAUCCAUUAGCUCCUCACGGAAAACUGCUGCUUUGACAGUUGUUGACAGAGUUCGCCAGCAUCACGUAGCUCUUGUGGAGCAAGCACAAUUAGUCUCUCAGGAGCUUAUACGAGUGGCCAUACUCUGGCAUGAAAUGUGGUACGAAGCACUUGAAGAAGCCAGCCGUCUGUAUUUUGGGGAGCAUAAUAAGGAGGGCAUGCUAAACGUGCUGGAACCCUUGCAUCGUAAACUAGAGGAAGAAGGUGCCGUAACCCUCAAAGAGAUCGCAUUCGUACAGGCUUAUGGGCGAGAAUUGCAAGAAGCUCAUGAAUGGUGCAUGGAAUAUCGUCGUACUGGUAAUGAAGCGGAACUCACACAGGCUUGGGAUCUCUAUUAUCACGUAUUUAAACGUAUAAACAAGCAGCUUCCAAGCGUAACUACUCUGGAACUUCAAUAUGUUUCUCCUGCUCUUCUCAAUGCUCGCAAUUUGGAACUUGCUGUCCCUGGAACAUAUCGUCCUGGUCCGGAAGCGAACGUUGUGACAAUACAGAGUUUUGAUCCACAGCUCAUAGUUAUGCCAUCGAAACAGCGACCUCGGAAGUGCACCAUCAAGGGCAGCGAUGGCCAGGAUUAUACAUUCUUAUUAAAGGGCCAUGAAGACCUUAGACAAGACGAGCGCGUGAUGCAGUUAUUUGGGCUUGUAAAUACCCUUCUAACGAAUGCCCGGCACACGGCGGAGAAGGACCUUUCCAUUCAGCGAUAUGACGUGGUUCCGCUCUCUCCAAACAGCGGUCUUAUUGGAUGGGUCCCAAACUGCGACACUCUACAUCACCUUAUUCGUGAAUAUCGGGAUGCUCGGAAGGUUCCUGUCAAUGCUGAACAUCGAGCCAUGGUGUCGUUCGCUCCUGAUCUCGAUCAUCUUACUCUUAUAGCCAAAGUCGAGGUAUUCCAGCAUGCUCUGGAGGCGACCGACGGUGAUGACCUGGCAAAGGUUUUCUGGCUUAAAAGCAAAACCUCAGAAGUUUGGCUAGAACGGCGAACGAACUACACUCGUAGCUUAGCCGUCAUGAGCAUGGUCGGAUACCUUCUUGGUUUAGGCGAUCGACAUCCAAGCAAUCUAAUGCUUAAUCGCUACAGCGGGAAAAUUCUGCACAUUGACUUUGGGGAUUGCUUCGAGGCAGCGAUGACGCGGGAGAAGUUUCCUGAAAAGGUUCCAUUUCGAUUGACAAGGAUGCUAGUAAAGGCCAUGGAAGUUAGUGGCAUCGAAGGGAACUUCCGGUCGAUUUGCGAGGACGUGAUGCACGUCUUGAGAUCAAACAAAGACAGCGUAAUGGCCAUGAUGGAGGCAUUUGUUCACGAUCCUUUGAUCAACUGGAGGCUGUUUAACAUCAACGACGUACCAGCCAGCAUGGCAACCAUCCGUGCUCAAACAGCGACCCAAAACUUGGAGGCAGUAGGACUGCCUUCUCCACCUCAAAGGGGAGCUCGGGAACGCGAGAUGCUUCACGCAUUCAACGUGGUUGGACAACUCGGGGAUGCAAACGAAGUACUCAACGAACGGGCUGUGUCCGUGAUGGGGAGGAUGAGCGACAAACUCACGGGUAGAGACUUUCCUGUGGGAGAGUCGGUUCUUAGCGUCAAAGACCAAGUCCAGAAACUCAUCGACCAAGCUACUUCCAGCGAGAAUUUGUGCCAAAGCUAUGUGGGGUGGUGCCCAUUUUGGUAGUGUACAGCAACGUUGUCGAUAUUCUGUAUCAUACAGACGGCCAUCUCUUGUAAAUAUCCAUCGCGUUAGUGUGAUCACAUUACCGUCAAAAGGGUGCUAAGACAUGUCCUUUCCUGGCUUGCUUCAGGCUAA